GCCACCCCACCACCCACCAGUACCACCCUCCGCCCGCGCCACGACCACGACGAAUCUGCCUUCCCCAGUCCGACCGCGAGCGCCAAAGCCCAACCGCGACGCCUUCCCGCCCCGGGUCGUCUCCUUCCUUGGCCCUUCCCGCCCCGCGCGCCACCACCCCUGGUUGCCAACCCACCCAGCUAUAAAUAGCGUCCCCUCCCCGCCGCCUCCUUCCCCACACCAUCCGACGCCGAGGAGGAGGAAGAAGAAGAAGCAGCAGGAAAGCACGAGCAGCAUAUGUCACAGAGGGCCAGCGUCCCACACUCCUCCUGCAUAGCCUUCGCGCUCCAUUCCCAUCUCCUGGUCUCCAGUGAGAUGUGCCCCAGCUCCUCUUGGCAGCAAUAGCUUAGCUAUUCUCUCCCUUCCUUUUCUCUCUUCUUCCCCCAAUUUGGUUUCAAGCCUCGAGCUAAUAAGCUUCGAGCUUCCGUUUUUAGAUUUCUUCCUUUGCUCUCCUCCGAUCCAAUCGUCUAUCCCUGACUCCUCCUGACAAAAAAGAGAGGAAACCGAGGCGACAAGCAAGCAAUGGGUGUCAAGGGAUUCGUCGAGGGCGGCAUCGCCUCCAUCGUGGCCGGCUGCUCCACCCACCCGCUGGACCUCAUCAAGGUCCGCAUGCAGCUGCAGGGUGAAGCCGCCGCGGCGCCGCAGCCAGCGCUGCGCCCGGCGCUCGCCUUCCACGCCGGUGGCCACGCCGUCACGCUCCCGCACCACGACAUCCCGGUGCCGCCGCCGAGGAAGCCCGGGCCGCUGACCGUGGGCGCGCAGAUCCUGCGGUCGGAGGGCGCGCGGGGCCUCUUCUCCGGUGUCUCCGCCACCAUGCUGCGCCAGACGCUCUACUCCACCACGCGGAUGGGUCUCUACGACAUCCUCAAGACCAAGUGGACACCCCCGCCGGACAACAACGGCAACGGCGGGGUCCUCCCGCUGCACCGCAAGAUCGCGGCGGGGCUGGUGGCGGGCGGGGUCGGCGCGGCCGUGGGCAACCCGGCCGACGUGGCCAUGGUGCGGAUGCAGGCGGACGGGCGCCUCCCCCUCGCGGAGCGCCGGAACUACGCGGGCGUCGGGGACGCCAUCGCGCGGAUGACGCGCGACGAGGGCGUCCGCAGCCUGUGGCGCGGGUCGUCGCUCACGGUGAACCGCGCCAUGAUCGUCACGGCGUCGCAGCUCGCCACGUACGACCAGGCCAAGGAGGCCAUCCUGGCGCGCCGGGGACCGGGAGCCGACGGCCUCGCCACGCACGUCGCCGCCAGCUUCACCGCGGGCAUCGUGGCCGCCGCCGCGUCCAACCCCGUGGAUGUGGUCAAGACGAGGAUGAUGAACAUGAAGGUGGCGCCCGGCGCGCCCCCGCCGUACGCCGGCGCCGUCGACUGCGCGCUCAAGACGGUGAGGUCGGAAGGGCCCAUGGCGCUGUACAAGGGGUUCAUCCCCACCGUGAUGCGCCAGGGACCUUUCACCGUCGUGCUCUUCGUCACGCUCGAGCAGGUGCGCAAGGUCUUCAAGGGCGUCGACUUCUGAGGACCGGCGCCGACGAAGAUGAUGAUGAUGACGACAACCGCCGCCGCCGCCGCCGCUAUGCUACCCGUUCGUCACCGCGUUCGCUGCUACGAAUAACCUGCUGCUGCUACCUAGAGGCGGCGACUAUUAUGCCUUCGCUUGCAUUGCAUCCCGUGUUAGCCUUGUGUUCCUCUCUUGAUGCAUCCUGUUGUAUCUGGAUGGAUUUGACCAAAUGCAAAAUUGCCAAGAUUUUAAAUUAUUGAAAUUGAAAUUGCUACUGCAAUGUCUCACAA